AUGGCGACCAAUGCAUCAUGCAAUACCAUGACAGACCCUAUGGCCACCGUCAGUCGGGCCUCGGAUUCCUUUGCUAGCCAGUCCUCGGCGCCGUCGGCCGCCCUGUUGGAUUUCUUCUUCCCGGGUCUGUCCGUCUUCACUGGUGCCCUUCAGCGGUACCUGCAUAUCGACCUCAACUACUAUUUCCCGCUCGUGCUGUUUCUCGGCGGUGUCACCUUUGCCUGGAACUACUUCAGCAGCUACCUUUAUGCGCAGCUCGAGAACCACUUUAUGUCCACAGUCGAGGUCCGCUACGACGAUGAGGUCUACAACAUGCUCAUGACCUGGGUCGCCUGCCAGCCGUUUGCCCAGAACGCCCGUCGGUUUAUCGUCAACACCAUGGUGGGGUCUCGCUCAUGGUCGGUUUGGGAGUUGCAGUAUGAGGAGCGCCGUCGCAAUGCCUACGACUCGGACGACGAGAGCGGCGAUGACAGCGACGAAGACGACGACGCUGGGGCCGACACAUCGCCCGAGGGUCUCGCGAAGAAGAAGAAGCAAAAGAAAGCCCUCUCCUACACCCCGACCUUUGGCACGUACUACUUUUGGUUCCGCGGCAGCCUGCUCGUCUUCCGCCGCACACAGAGCCGCGACAAUGCCGCCGUCAGCUCCGACCAGCGCGAGUCCAUCUCUGUGUCUUGUUUCGGUCGCAACCCGGCCGUUCUCAAGCAUCUGCUGCUCGAGACCCGUCGCUUGUACAUGCGCCGUGAUGCGCACAAGACCGUCAUUUACCGUGGCAGCAGCAGCGGCGGCAGGUACCGUAUAGGAGAGCCCACAUGGAUGCGUUGCAUGGCCCGUAACCCCCGCCCCUUGUCAACGGUCAUCCUGAACGAGAAGGUCAAGGACGGCCUUGUGGCUGAUGUGGAAGACUACCUCGAUCCCGUUACACGCCGUUGGUAUGCGAACCGGGGCAUCCCUUACCGCCGUGGUUACCUGCUGUACGGUCCACCGGGUACGGGCAAGUCGUCGCUGAGCGUCUCGCUCGCCGGCCACUUUAACAUGAACAUAUACAUUGUGAGCUUAAACGGCGUCGCCGCCACCGAAGAGACUCUCUCCGUGCUGUUCAACGACCUGCCGCGUCGUUGCAUUGUGCUGCUAGAGGACAUUGACACCGCCGGCCUAACGCAUACGCGCGAUCCCUCGUCCAGCGGCAAGGACGAGGGUGGGAGUGGAUCCGACAGUGGCAGUGACAGCGACAGCGACAGCGACAGCGACAGCAGUGAUGGCAGCGAGGAUGAAGACGGCGAGAAGGACGGCGGUGGCGAUAAGAAAAAGACCGACGACGACAUGGACAGCAAGGAGAAGAGCAGCCGCAGUAGCAAGAAGGACAAGGCCGGCCGCUUGUCACUCUCGGGACUGCUCAACAUCCUCGAUGGCGUUGCCAGUCAGGAGGGUCGCAUCCUCAUCAUGACGACGAACCACGUGGAAAAGCUCGACAAAGCGCUGAUCCGUCCCGGUCGCGUUGACAUGCUGGUCAAGUUUGACCGUGCCGACCGUGACAUGACAGAGGCUCUCUUCCGGUCCAUUUUUGCUACGCUUGAGGGAGACGGCGUGCCGGUGAUGGACAGUGUCAAGAAGGAUGCAGAGGCCAAGACCAUGACCAAGGAGGAGAUUGCAGACGAACAGGCCGCUGCUGCGACCCGUCUCGAUGCAUUCGCCAAGGAGUUCUCGGCCGUCAUCCCCGAGCUCACCUUUAGCCCCGCUGAGCUGCAGGGCUUCCUCUUAAAGCACAAACGUGACCCUGCAAGUGCUGUCGCGGGUGCCGCCGAGUGGGUGACGACGGCUAAGGCUGCCAAGGACAAUGCAGAGAAGCGCAAUGAGCGCAAGAAGGCGAAGUCCAAGGCCAAGGAGGACCGCCAUAAGCAAAAGCAGAAGGCGAAGAAGGAGAAAAAGGCCGCUGAGAAGGCCGCCGCCAAAGCCACGAAGGAGGCUAAGGAGACGAAAGAGAAGGAUGCGGCCAAGAAGAAAGCUGUCAAGAAGUUGCUUAAAAAGGCGGGGACAACGUCCGAGAAGAAGAGUGACAGGGCUUCAGACGACGACGAUCUGGACCUUGCAGCCCUGUCGGACCUCUACAACAGCGACGGCGAUGCGGACGUGCGGAAUAGCAGCGGCGAGGAUGACAGCGACGUCAAUAUCAACGAGUACAGCUCGGACACUGACAGUGAGGCUGAGAGGAAGAGGCAGAAAAAGGCAAAAAGGGAAAAGCUCAAGCUGCAGCAGCGCAGACGGCGUCAGCAGCAGCAGCGGCCCAAGGGCCGCUCGGUUGUUGCCGCCGCGAACCCUGCGCAGGCUUCAGCUACCAUUACGCCGUCCUCGUCGUCUGCGUCCGCGGCAACUCUUACGAUUCCGGCGGCGCAAAUCUCAGACCCACCUGUCUCGUCGGCAUCGUCCGCGGCCGAUCUGUCAGAUCGGUCUGGGACGUCGUCAGACGCGUCAUCAAAAGCGACCACUGUUGACAGCGCUUCUUCGGAAAUUGAUGCAGCUGAUCUUGCACAAAAAGUGCAGGACAAGACUAAGAAGCCUAUCGAGGCCUAA